UCGACAGCAUUAUACCGCACAGCACCCUUCGAGUCACAAAAGGAAUUCAAGUGUAAAUCAGUGAAAAAUGAAGAUACUUUGCGUGUUCUUCGUCUUUGCAAGUGCUUUGUUGGAAGCGAAAGGAUAUCCCUAUCCCUAUUACGGAAAUGUGGACUCAAUUUCUUACGGUUCCAUCGACAGCUCCCGUGGAGGCAUGGCGUUAAGCCGCUACUACAACCCGUAUUAUAAUCCAAGGGCGAUUGGAGCCGGUAUGGCUGCUUUCAUGUUCAAGCCCGAGGAACAGUAUCAACCACAAACCAGCCAAUACUAUUUACCGGACAGGAGGCGUCAAACACAACCUGAGUUCAAUUACCCCCCACAGCAAAAUGAAGUCUACUACCCACAAGUACCUGAACAAUCCGAACCAUUGCCCGAACAGCCUGCUGUACUUUCUGAACAGCCCGCUGUAUUACCAGAACUGCCGGUUAUCACCGAAGCUACGGAAAUCGCCGAACCAACCGAAAAAACAGAACAAGUUACAACCACACUGAAAUCUGUUAUCACGCCUGAAUUGACGGAGCCUGAAACAGAAGAGGUGCCUAAAGCAUUACCGUCUCCGAAAAGACGUGUCACUAAAAGGAAGCAGGUUAAGCGCCCAGUAGAUGAUGAUGAAGAAGAAGGUGAAGAAUAUCCUCCUAGGAUGCCAACAGGAGCUUAUUUCCCAAUGUUCUUCGGUUACGGUGGAAGAUCAGGUGGUGGUACUCCUAAUGGUGCUACUGCAAUUGCCAACGCUUUCAGCACAGGACGUGGAGGUGUAGCUACCAGCCAUGCGACGGCAUACGGGCCCCCCAGACAAGACAGUAAAAUUUAAAAAAGCAGUUACACAGCAAAACUUAUAUGAUUCUAAAAGCUUAUUCACACAGAUGGUUUAGCGCCAUCUAGCGUAUAUACAUAUAACUCGCGCAUCAAUGGUAUGAAUCUA